CAGUGAGCCAGGGGGUCGGGGAGGCUCGGCCCUCGGGGGCGUGUCCGUAGAGGAGGCUGCGGAGCUCCGGGCCCCGCGCAGGACGCGGAGGCCAGCAUGGAGAGCGAGCUGGAGCCGCUGGCCCAGCAGCCGGCGAGCCCGGCCGAGCCGCACUUCCAGGCGCUGGUGGAGGCUGCGGGCGGCCGCGGGCAGGUGCUGCUGGUGGGAGAGCUGUGGGAGCGCGAGCAGAGCCGCGAGCUGCUGCGAGACUUCUCCCGCGCUGUGUUCCCUCCGGAGCCAGAGCCGGAACCAGCGUUGGGCAAGUCGGGGAAGCCCGGUAAGCCGGGCCACUACACAGAGGCCGAGAGCGCUGCCACCGCGGCGGCCAUCGGGCCGCAUCGGGCUCCGGGGGCAAAGGCAGCGCGUUCCAUCCGCUCGCCGCUGGUCUUCGUGCUGUGCCGCUCUUCGUCGCUGGCCGCCCGGGAUCCGCGGCGCCUCCUGCGGGAGAUGCUGCGGGAUGUGCGCGGCCGGCGACCGGAGGGCGCAGCGCUGGUCGGAGUCCUGGUGGCCGAUGCGGGAGCGGAGGACGCGGUGGCGUCGGGACUGCAGCUGCUGGAGACGCUGCUGCGCUCUGUGUUCGGCCGCCAGGUCGGGGGCCCGGUGCAAGCUGCUGCCUUCCGUCCCGGCUCCCCGGCCUCUAGCCUGGCAGUCCAGGAGGCGGCCUGCAGGGCCCUGCAAGCUGCAGCGCCAGGUCGACCAGCAGAAGGUGCCUGGGAAAGACCAGGCCUCCCUGGCCUACUGACUUGCUUUUCCUGGGGUCCUCGGAACCAGAGGAAGAACCAAGGAUAUGCCACCUCCUCCCAAGGCCCAGCUCAAGAACACCUCCAGGUCUCGGAGGAGGAGCUUGCACUGACAGCCAUGUGUCCCAAUGGAGACUGUGAAGACCGAAGGAGUGGAGCCAGAGCCCAGGAUAGAGUUGUCCGCACGCCAUCUGAGCCCUUGGAGGACACAAGAUGAGGACCGGACCCCUGGACUGGCCCUAACCUGCACACUGAGGUCUGGACCUUCUCAGUGGGCUUCCAUGUCACAGUGUUGACCUCAGCAGCUGGUGACUGACUGACCACAGAGACCCCACUUGCUUGGGGACUUUCACUGUUGCCAGCGAGGCAGCAAGGCCCAUGGGACCUGCCCCACACUUAGUGUUUCUUCUCUCUGUGAGCAAGGUGAUCCUGUCUCUCCGUGCCUUCAUUUCUCGGAGCCAAGGAGACACUGUACCGCUUUGCAGACAUGCCACUCUGUCUGGGGCUUCUGUUUCCCAGGAAGCUGCCAGCCCAGUGGCUCUCCACCAGGGACUAGGAUGCACCUCCAGGCAACAUUAGAAACUUGUGGGGACAAUUAGUGGGCAUCUCAUAGCCUGUAGGACGGUCCAACGCCAAAUAAUCCAUUUUCUCAGAAUACCAGUUGUGACAGUUUUGAGAGAUGGAAGAGCCAAUCCCUUCUCCCUGUCAGUCUGUGAAGAGAUCCCCUUGGCUUUCCUGGGUCCUUGGUCCCCAGAACAAGUCAAACUCAAGACCUGACUAUUGCCAUGAGGGGGCCUGUCAGGUCAGAGUUGAGAUGACCUGUGUGUUGCAGGGCCAGGACCAAAAGCGCCUUGCGUGCUGUGAGAAAAAGGGGCCUCGGUCUUUCCCGUGUAGACACUGAUUACUGUGCCAAAUCCUCUGUGGAAAAGUUUCCUGGGAGUUGCCUAGAGCACCAAGGACAGGGAAAGCCAGGGUGCUGGGGUGUUCAGCUCCCCGACUUAUAUUAGAGCUCAGGUCCUAGCCCAAGUAUUCUGGAAUCUUCCCUCUGAGGCUUUGAGUCACAGAGGGUUCACGCAGAGGCAACUGGGGAUUGCCUCUUGGCCUUGCCUGCCCCCGGAGAAAUCAGUCUUUGGAAGGGGAAGGGCCCUACUGGUUUUCCCUGAUGUGAGAAGAGCAUUGUCAGAGGGAAGUGGAUAGACCUACAUAGUCAACUGUGUUCCACUCUGCAGAUACCCAACUGUGCUGUGCUUGGUGUAGCUCCCUGUGAGGCGAUACACACCUUUGGGUCAUCAUCUCAACUCUUUCUGUGACAGCACCAAGGGAGGGGACCCUCCCUGCUCUGUGCCUCAGUUUCUUCUCGGUGAGCCACGGCCUAAUCCUGUUCCCUCUCAGUCUCAUGGAGAGAGCAUGAGGUGCGAAGGGAUUGGCAUCUUCCCGGCAUGAGGUGGAAGCAGACUCAUUUUAAUAAUGCAAGGUUGUCCUGUGGGAAGUGGUCCAGCUAGCUUAUUUUAUUCAAGUGUGAGCUAGAGGCUGGGGUAUAGUUCAGUUAGUUAGGGAGAAUCUAGCAUGCUAGUUUGAUCCCCACAGCUAUAUGAACUGGAAGAGGUGCACAUGCCUGUAAUCCUGGUUCUUGGGAAGUAGAGAGAGGAAGAUCUAAAUUUCAAAUUCACCCUCAGCUACAAUAUGAAUUGGAUGGAGGCCAGCCUGGGCUACACGAGACCCUGUCUCAAAAAAAAAGCAAGUUUGAAUUAUCAAUUUGACUUGAUUUUGGUUUUAUUGCCUUUUUUUGUUUUGUUUUUCAAGACAGGAUUUCUCUGUGUUACAGUCCUAGCUGUCCUGGAACUAGCUAUUGUAGACCAGGUUGGCCUCAAAUUCACAGAGAUCUGCCUGCUUCUGCCUCCCGUGCUGAGAUUAACUAUGUCUGCCACCACAGCUCAGCUUGAUUUUGUUUUUAAAUGGGAAGACUGAUGUAUCUGAAGCUGCUAUAUUUUUGUUACAAUGUUGACCUAUGCAAUCCUAUGUGAUCAUUCAGUUGAGUUCCAUUAUUUGAACAAGAAAAGGGGCUUGAAAUUUAAGCUGGGUAUUUGUCUAAGACAGAAGUUACAGAGUUAAAAAUCUUUUGUACUUGUUACCCGUGUUUGAAACUUAGGAAACAGCACACUUAAAUCAGCGGAGUUUCCUGGAUGAGGAAGGCUGUACCUUCCUCUCCGUCCUUCACUUGGAGCCCCAUCCCUACUGUACCUCAGGGCCUUCUGAGGCCGUCACCUCUGCUCUAAAGGGCGAUUUGCCCACCAUUCGCAUUAGUUGUGGUCUGAGUUGCCUGUUGUCUUGUUACUGGUUGCAAAGGUCGGUGUACUGAGCCUGGAUUCUGUUUCCCAGACAACAUCCUGCUGCCCAUCUUAGUACUGUUUCCCAGUGGACAGCAGGACUUGGGUUUCACCAGGGAUGGCCUUGUGGGACCCUUCCAGAGGAAAGAAGAGAGAACCAGGGGUCCCUGGGAGCCACAUGUGAGGACCUGACCACCAGCUCCACUGGGUCCUGGGGUUCUAACCUGGAAUGUGAUGGUAGUUCCUCUGCUUUUGACAUGAGUCCUGGCUCUUUAGAUCUAAUAAACCAGACAGUGCCUCACCGGUAUCUGAUAGAA